GAAACGAGUCGGUCCUGACUGAAAAAAUGGUUUGCAUUUGACUGAUACCAGCACCAAGACAUCAUCUGAAAUAUGGAAGUUAAAGCUCUACUUUUCAUUCAUUUCUUUAGGGUAAUCCAGAAGUUCAGAACAGACCAGGAAGUCCAAACGACACUGGACAACUGUGAGAGAGGGCUGAAGAUGGAGAACCCCCAGCAAGUUUGGCACGUGCAGAUCUCCCCUCCAGAAGUGGCACAGGAGCUGCAAAAGAAGGUGUCAGUAGUGAGCCAGCCAGAGUGCUCCAUCUGCUUCAACACCUACGACAAUGUCUUCAAAACACCCAAACUGCUGGAAUGCACCCACACCUUCUGCCUCGAGUGCCUUUCCCGCCUAAUGGCAAUCUCAACAACAGGCAAAGAUGAUGAUGAUAGCAGCGCCCGCCUCUCCUGCCCCUUCUGCCGUCACCCCACCGUAUUGCCCAUGGAGGGACCCCCGGCCCUGACCACCAGCCGCGAGGUCCUCUGCAAGCUGCCCACCCACCAGCAGCAGGAAGAACCAGUGUGGCUGGAUGGAGAGAAGUUGUGCUACAAAAGCUCCAGGCAGGAUGGUGGCUCCGACGCUCCUGACAGUCCCGUGCCCUUCUGCAUCUGCAUUGACAUUGGUGCCAGCAAGCAGGCAGCUGCUCCAGUCCAGACGCGACGCCGGACUUCCGGUGUGCUGAGCAGACUGUCAGACUGGAAGAGGUUGGUCCUCUUCAUCGUGCUCAUGGUGCUGCUGGUUGUGGUUGUGCUGUGGCCGCUGCAGUGUGUGUUCAGCACUGGGAACGUCCGCUGUUUGAGGGAAAAACCCACUACCACAACCGUCAGCCCCUCCACCUGGGUGCCUGAUGUGACAAACUAAACUUAAACCGGACUUUAAGAGAAAUGUAGAUAUUAUUGUAUAAUAUUUUAAAUAUCUGACAUUGUAAAUUUCUGGUAAAUAAUUGCACUGUUGAUAAGUGUGCCUGGUAAUUGCUUCACACAACUAUUGAGGCUUCAGAUUUUUUUUUACAUCCCAUACAGCCACACGCACGACAAAAUGCGGAACAACGAAGAAUUAAAAGUGGGCGGGGCGAAAUAAGGUGGAUAGGGAGGAAUGUUAGACGACUGACUUUAGUGCUCCCCAGUGGUAGUUUAAAAAACACAAGGUCGCACACAACGGCACUGAUUUUCACCCAAAAUUUCUCUGUAGUUAUAUUUUAAGCUGUCAUGCCAUAUGUAGAUCAACUGACAUUAUUUUGAUUUUUUUUUCAAUUUUAGUCACAGCCUAAAUUCUAAACGUAACGAAAUGAUCCUUGUGAGUUGCAUGCAUCAGCAGUACUACAUUACUGACUGAUACAGAUGACCCUCAUCAGUAAAAGGAUGGGAACUCUGACAGCAAUCACAUAUGCCUAGCAACGCGAAAAUAUUCACGGUUGCAAGCUUUUAGCACUUUAAAGCACACCUGUUAUUUGAGAUUUGAUAAGAAAGUCUUGUCCCUAAACUGUGAUGAGCUGGGACAACAAACAGGUUAUUUUGUUGUAAGUGUGUACUCAACAAUUCAGUGAUGACGGAGUUACUUGCUGCUGUAUCCAAGUCAAACAUGAAGCUUUAAAUGCCGGCAUUUCUUCAUGAAAUCUGAACUUUGCUUUGCAAAUAUCAAGCUGGCAGCGAAGAUCCAUUACAAAAGAGUAUGAAUGUAAUUCCAGUGUGCCAAUGAGAAACUUUAUAUGCUGUACAGUUGAUUGUGUGUUUUGAUAUGUUGUUGUUUACAGAACUGUAAUAAAAAGUGAACCAUGAAGUCA